AUGGGCUCCACCGCUGUUGAAUUCAAGAACCCGGCCACCACCACUCUUCUCGAGCUGGUCAAGAGCCGCCGCACUAUUUAUGGCCUCAAGGCCGAAAGCCCUAUCUCCGACGAUGUCAUUGAGCGCAUCGUCCAGGACUCUGUCCUUCAUGUUCCCAGCUCCUUCAAUACCCAGACCUCCCGCGUGGUCCUGCUUCUGAAGGAGGAGCACCAGAAGGUGUGGGAUAUUGCCAUCGGUGCCAUGGAAGGUCUGGUUGCCGCCGGCCAUGUUCCCAAGGACAUGUUUGAGAACCACACCAAGCCGAAGCUGAACGCUUUCCGUGCUGCCUAUGGAACCGUCCUUUUCUUUGUCGACUAUGAGUCACUCGCUCCCAUCAAGGAGAAGUUUGCCAUCUAUGCUGACAAGUUCGAUCCUUUUGCUCUGGAGUCGAACGCCAUGUCCCAGUACCUUGUAUGGCUCGCUCUCGAGUCGGAGGGCCUGGGCGCCAACCUCCAGCACUAUAGCCCUCUGAUUGAUGAGCAGGUUGCUAAGACCUGGAACCUUCCUGCUUCCUGGAAGCUGGAUGCCCAGUUGGUCUUUGGUGCUCCUACCGCCGAGGCUGGCGAGAAGACCUUCGAGCCCCUCGAGAACCGAUUCAAGGUUUUUGGUAAAUAG